AUGUCAGUGGGCAGGUUCCCGAUUGAGCCGGACGACAGGGAAUCCAAGAGAGCCAGAGUGAGUGCCACGCCCUUAAUCGGGUUCUCGGAGGAGGACAAGCAAGGAACCCUUCAACCCCACGAUGAUGCCCUAGUCGUCACGCUCAGAAUUGGAGGUUAUGACGUGAAAAGGGUGUUGGUUGAUCAAGGCAGCGCCGUGGAGGUAAUGUACCUUGAUUUGUUUAAGGGGUUGAACUUGAAGCCAGAAGACCUGUCGCCAUACGAUUCCCCUCUGGUCAGCUUUGAAGGAAAAACCGUCACCCCGAAAAGUAUGAUUAGGCUGCCUGUGCAAACAAACUCAGAUGUGGUAGAGGUGAAUUUCAUUGUUGUAGAUGCGCACUCCCCCUAUACAGCUAUCGUGGCCCGACCGUGGCUUCAUGCACUAGAGGCUGUGCCAUCAACCUUGCACCAAAAAGUGAAUGGACAGAUGCAGGCCUUUCUUCCUCCUAUUGCACAAGUGGAAGGGCUUCUAGUGGACUGA